CAUAAACACAUGUAGUAACAACGACAUAGACUCUACUUGUUCUUUUUAGUUUAAAUAUUUGAUACAACGUUGUUUUAGUCUAACCACAGCAGCAUACUGUUAAGCUUAGCCGCCUAGCCUUUUAGCAUCUGUGUAGCUCCCGUUGCUUCGUUAUUUAACCCAUGAUUACUGCAUCCACCAACAUGAGUCUGCAAUGGGAAAGAAACAGGCCACUAAGUCCAAAAAGGAGGUGGAGGAACCAGAGGAGUUUGUGGUAGAGAAGGUGAUGGACCAGCGGGUGGUGAAUGGCAAAGUCGAGUUUUUUCUUAAGUGGAAAGGCUUCUCUGAUUCUGAUAACACGUGGGAGCCAGAAGAAAAUCUUGAUUGUCCGGAGUUAAUCUCUGCCUUUCUGGAGUCACAGAAAGGUGUGGUUGAAAAGCCAGACUGCAACAAGAGAAAGUCCUCCACAGAUGAACCAGAGACAGAGGAAAGUGCAGCUAAGAGGAAAAAGGAAAUGAGUGACAAACCAAGAGGGUUUGCCCGGAACCUGGAGCCAGAACGAAUUAUUGGUGCCACAGACAGCAGUGGGGAACUAAUGUUUCUAAUGAAGUGGAAAGAUUCAGAUGAGGCAGACCUGGUGCCAGCACGUGAGGCCAACACUCGAUGCCCACAAGUGGUAAUUGCUUUUUAUGAGGAAAGACUCACUUGGCACUCAUGCCCAGAGGAUGAGCAGCAAUAGUGUUCAACAACACAGCAUCCCACUGUUCUGACCCUUAAGCUCUUUCCCAUGCCAAGCUACCCUGUUCAUCUCAGGGCCUGAAUGCUUCCCUACUUUUGUCUUGCCUUAUGUACAACCUGAUCUAUGUAUUAGUGGCUGAAUUGGGUUGAAAGGCCAGUGAAAAGAGUUUUUGGUUUUUAAAAUGAAAAUGUAAACCUUUGUCGUGCUUUUUCACUGCAUUUGUGUCUUUAGUCUUUUACCAACCCCUAUCCUUUGUCCAGCGUCCUGGUUUUAGUCCAUUGUUUGGUUCACACUAGGUGUUGAACAGCUUUGCUGUAUUUUUUUUUUUUUUUUUUUUUGUAAAUAUUUUUUCAAAAAAUGAAAAACAAAAGGUUCAAUAAAAGUUAUGUGCCUUUCUCUUA